AUGUCUGCCGCAGGUAAUUGCACCAACGUAAGCAAAGACCUGGAUAGUAUGCCAUCUUUACCCAUCAAUCAACGGUCCAAGGCACGUGGCCGCGGUGUACUGCUACUACCCGAGAAUGAGAAGGCGCAAAUAGCGCCAGACGGGGGAUUUCAUGCCUGGGCUCAAGUCGUAUCAGGCCCUCUUGUUGUGGCACUCACGUGGGGCGAUGCCUCCAGCUUUGGCGUAUUUAAGACCUACUACGAAGGCAUCUUGACGCAGUCGCCGUCAGACAUAUCUUGGAUUGGUGGAUUUCAGGUCUUCUGCCUUUUAUUUAUCGCUACACUCUCUGGACGAGCCUCCGACGCAGGUCUGGCGAAGCACAUAGUAGCUGCUGGCGCUGUCUUAAUUGUGGUUGGCACUUUUACGACAAGCCUGGCUGCCGAGUAUUGGCAUAUCUUUUUGGCGCAAGGCCUCUGCAUCGGUGUUGGACAAGGUCUCAUGUGGUUGCCAAGCGUGACGCUCUUAUCAACGUACUUUGUGCGCAAGAGGGUACUGGCGGUGACCGCUGCAGCAACAGGCUUUCCGUGGGCUGUCCGAUGCAUGGGUUUCGUAGUUUUGUUCAUGGCGAUUGUCAUCGUAAUGCUAGUCCGCACUCGGAUACCUCCACGAAAGUCUGGGCCCCUGAUCGAAUGGGAUGCUUUCAAAGAGCCAUCUUCUAUGUUAUUUACUCUUGGUAUAUUCCUGUUUUAUUGGAGUCUCUAUUUUGCGUCCUUCUACAUUCAAGUUUUUGCGAUUGAGGUCUUGCACCUCUCCCAGACAGGAGGUGUCAAUCUCAUUAUUAUCAUCAAUGCAGCCGGUCUACCAAUUCGUGCACCUCUCGGCUACUUGGCUGAUCGAUACAUUAGACCAAUGAAUUGCUUGAUCCCCUGCGUAGCUCUCUGCAGUAUCCUUAUGUUCUGUUGGGCGGCGGUCAAGGGAGCUACCGGACUCUACAUGUCCACGAUUUUCUACGGGUUGGCGUCCGCAGCUGCCAUGGGUUUAUUUGCUGGCACUGUACCUUCACUCACGAAAGAUAUGGACAAAAUCGGAACGUGGGCUGGCAUGAUACUCACCCUUAUGAGUUUGGGGCUGUUAACUGGGCCGUCUGUAGCUGGUGUCUAG